AUGGCGACCCCUGCACGCUGUCUCUCUCCCGUACUCUCGAGUAACACCGUUCCAUUCUCACUUGGAGGAGGAACAACGAUGUGGAACGGGAGCGAGCCGGAAACGACACCUGAAGCCCGAAAGGAUUUGGCAAUCCGCACGCUGACUGGGUUCUUGCUCUCCCUGCUCAUCCUAUGGACGUUACUGGGCAACAUUUUGGUGUGCGCCGCGGUUAUCCGGUUCCGACACCUGCGUUCGAAAGUGACCAACAUCUUUAUUGUUUCUCUGGCCGUGUCGGAUUUAUUCGUGGCCGUUCUGGUCAUGCCAUGGAAAGCGGUGGCGGAGGUGGCGGGUUACUGGCCGUUUGGUGCCUUCUGUAACGUCUGGGUGGCUUUUGACAUCAUGUGUUCCACCGCUUCCAUUCUAAACUUGUGUAUCAUCAGUGUGGACAGGUACUGGGCCAUUUCCAGUCCGUUCCGGUACGAGAGAAAGAUGACACAAAGAGUGGCCUUCGUGAUGAUCAGUGUGACGUGGACUCUGUCCGUUUUAAUCUCAUUCAUUCCUGUCCAGCUCAACUGGCACAAGGCUAGAAUUCAUAUAGUUGGAAAGAACAACACUACUGUAGCAGAAUCAGUGGAAGAAAACUGUGAUUCUAGUUUGAACCGCGAGUACGCCAUCUCUUCGUCUUUGAUCAGCUUCUACAUUCCUGUAGCUAUAAUGAUUGUGACAUACACGAGGAUCUACCGGAUCGCCCAGAUUCAGAUCAGGAGGAUAGCGUCGCUGGAGCGCGCGGCGGAGCACGCGCAAAGCUGCAGAACCAACCGAUUAGAGUGCCAACAUCACAACAGUUUGAAAACGUCAAUUAACAGGGAAACCAAAGUUUUAAAAACUCUCUCGGUUAUCAUGGGUGUUUUUGUUUGCUGCUGGCUGCCAUUUUUCAUUUUGAACUGUAUGGUCCCAUUUUGUGACAAACCACCGAGCGACCAACAAGCGGGUCUCCCGUGUGUGAGCGAGACAACUUUUGAUGUGUUUGUGUGGUUUGGAUGGACCAAUUCUUCUCUUAAUCCCAUUAUAUACGCGUUCAACGCAGAGUUCAGAAAAGCGUUUGCAAGCCUUUUGGGAUGUCGACAUUUCUGUUCAAACACACCGGUGGAAACAGUUAAUAUCAGCAAUGAACUCGUGUCAUACAACCAAGACACUCUGUUCCACAAAGAGAUAGUGAACGCAUACGUCAAUAUGAUCCCAAAUGUGGUCGACUGUAUCGAUAACGAAGAUACUUUUGACCGGAUUUCUCAGUUUUCACAUAAUAACGAUGUCGCAACAGAUUCAGUGUGUGACCUGGAGGACUGCGACGCGGAUAUUUGUUUGGACAGGUUGACACCAUUCACUCCAAACGGCUUACACUGA